UGAUGUGUUAAACUGAACUGGGGAUACAUGUAGACCAAAGACCACCAUCAUCAAAAACAGGAAGUAAAGUCAACCGCUUACUGUGAUACAAAGAGGAGACCUCCAGUGAUAGUUGUUUUACAGAAGUGGAUAGCUGGUUCCUUAAGUGUUUCCACCAUGAGACCAAACCACUGCCUUACCAUCCUUCAUGUGUUCAUCUUAGCAGUGCUCCUCUUCACUUUGAAAGCUGAAAGUGAAGAUUAUGACUGUUACCCAGAAAUUAAAGUGCGCCGUCACACGGUUCAUGAGGCUUUACUUGGAGGAGAUCUUAUGAUUAACUGCACGUUUACUUUCUGCAUCAAUUCACCAUCAACAGUCUCCUGGUAUAAAGUUGAAAAUACUCCUGUUCCAGUAAAUUUCAACAGGAGCCCUCACAUUAAAACAGAGUGGAAAGUUUCAAACCAUGUAGAAGGGAUAUCAUUUUUGAUCUUCCAAAACAUACAAAGAAAUGACUCAGGUCUGUAUCAGUGUCGAAGUGGAGACAAUGUGGGUCAUGCCAUCAAUGUGUCUGUCUAUGGUAAUGCUGAGCUCACCACAGUUACAUGGACGACUCUGGAAACUGGGAACACAACAACUCAAGAUACUUUGUGGCCAUAUGUGUACCGUGUUCCUGGAGUUGUGCUGUUUGUCGUCAUAGUGAUAACUAUAUAUGUUGCAUCAAAACAUGGUUGUAAAGGUGUCCAUUGUGCAAGAAAACCCAAGAACACACCAGAUCCGAGCCCCCAGCCUCUCCCAGGAGGAAGCUCCGCUAACCAGCAUGUCUUGUCUACCAUUCAUAUCAAUGAUGAUCCCAAUGCUACUUCAAUCUGCUAAGUUAAAUCUUAUGAUAUCAGGGUUCUGAUUAAUAUGAAAACAUUUCAGUGUUCAUUACAAGACUGUAAGUUGUAACUUGUGUCUGAUUUAUAUCGAAUUGUGUGUUAAAUUACUUCAUCCAUGCAAGGUUUUGCUAUUAUUAUGUUUUGUAUUUUGAUAUAAUAUGCUUUGUUUUUUUAUGAACUUUUUUUACAACUACAAAAUAUAAUCAGUUUCUCCACAA